AUGCAAGCCGUGGCACAAGCCCUGGUUGAUCGUGGCCACGAAGUUGUCUGGCUAGCCAGCGCAGACAACAAAGCUCGCGUUCUCGCUACGGGAGCAAGCUUCGUCGAGACUCGAGCCAUUGCCGCAGUCGACGCACCCUUCAUCGAGGAAAAUUCCACCGGCCUCCUUGAUCGCCAAUUUCAUCGACUGGAGUCUCGUCUCCUGGCUCAAGCUGCCGACUACCGGGCUAUCUUGGUGGAUUUCCCCGCAGACGCUUUGCUGGUCGAUGUGUUCCCCCAUGGAGCCCGCGCCCUCUAUGAGCUUGGAGAAAUCCCCGUAUACGCUACUCUAGGGGUCAUUCCAUUCUAUACUUCGUCAGCAUCAGCUCCCUUCCCAGUGUCUGGAGAAUGCCCUCCUACCUCGUGGAUAGGCCUUGUUCGAAAUGGAUUGCGACAGCUCAUCAACCGAUGGAUCCUGCUUCCUUUGUUCCUGGCUCCUGUAUUGAACAGACAGAGAAAGAUACUUGGACUGAAGCGACUUCCAUUCGGUGAACCAACAGAGUGCUUGACGUACAGUCCAUUUCUUCACAUCCAAGCUUCCUGUUCAAGCCUCGAAUUCUCCCACGAACCAAACUCAGAGCAACACAAACAUCGAAUCACCUAUGUCGGCCCUCUUGUGAGGCCAUCUCCAACCACAUCUACUCAGCUUCCAUCGUGGUGGGAAGAAGUAGUGCCACACUCGCGAGUCGUUGGAAUUACUCAAGGAACGCUUGCCAUGAACCCUACUUCCUUGAUCAUACCCUCCGUUCAGGCCCUCAAGGACGAUUCAUCGCUUCUGCUCGUCGUCGUAUCACCAUACGGAAAAGAAGUCGAAGCUCAAGUUGGACAAGCGUCCAAUGUUCGAUACGCUGACUGGCUGCCCUACCACCUUCUUCUUCCCCAGCUAUGCUUGCUCAUCACAAACGGCGGCUAUGGAAGCAUCACUCAGGCACUCUCUCAUGGUGUCCCUCUCCUUUGUGCUGGCCAAACGGAGGACAAAAUGGAUACGGCCGCGCGGAUUACCUGGUGUGGUGCCGGGAUUGACCUAAAAACCGACAAUCCUACCCCAGAUCAAGUCGAGACAGCUGCGAAAAGAAUUCUGUCAGAUGAGAGUUAUUCACAGAAAGCGAGACUGUUAGGGAAUGAGCUGAACGAACUGGGAGGUGCACAAACAGCUUCAGCUGCGUUGGAGGCGCUUGUUGUCAGCACCAGAUCGAGAGACGCGAAGUCCAUCGACUGA